AUGAGAAAGAGCGUUCACUCGUCUAUUGGGAAAGCCACUUCUUUGAUAAGCCUAGCCUUUAAGAAUCAGUCACCUCAAGAUCUCAACAUCAAGAUCUCAGUUUCAACACAAUUGUUCCUAGUUCUCUUUUCAUUGCUUUUGGUGCUGCCUGUUGUUGAAGCAGUAGAAGCUGGAGAUGCAAUCGCUCUCUUGCUCAGUGUGGUUCUCAGCAUUACAGGCAUUUGUGCUUGUUUGGGGGUGUAUGCACGAAAGAGAAAUGGACAGAUGUGA